UACACUAACCUCACAUUCACAUUUUUUGUAAUUUGAGGAAAUGUCGAAUUCAUAUAAUAAUAAAGAGGGUCUAGGAGUGGAUGGAGUUAUUUUUCCACCAAAUAAACCUCUAGAACCAAGAAUUGAAUUUUCCAAAACUCCAGUUAUAUAUGACUUUUUAUUUUUUUUAGAUUUCAAUGAAAAUGGUAAUUGUAUCGUUGGUGCAUCUGAAGUUGCAGGAACAUUUUGGGAAGGUACCUUGCUAUAUUUUAAAGACAAAAACUGUAUGGAAAAUUUUGAUUAUUGCGGUCAUUACAUAUAUGCAACAACAUCGGAUGGAAAAUUUGUAAAGAAUAAUAUUAUUGCUUUAGCAGAAGAUACUGGUAAUAUAAAUAUACUCUCUCUUGAUCUAGAUUCUACAAUAAGGCCAAUCAAUUAUUUUAAAAUGAUUGAGCGAAUUCCUCAGUUAAGCGUUUGGAACAAUUCCUGCAAAAUAUUAAGUUGUUCAGAACGAUCCAUUAUGAUCUGGGAUAUAGAUAGUAUAGAUCGAAAACCGUGUAAAAAUUUUGAUAACUAUCAUACUGAUAGAGUAACCAGUAUAGACACUUUAAAAAAAGAUACGAAUCUGUUUCUUUCUGGAGGAAGAGACAGGAUAAGCUGUUUAUGGGAUUUAAGAAGUCCAACAACUCCUUCAGUGAUAUAUACGAACGAAUUUUCUUCAAUAUGUAGUGUAUCAUGGAAUCAGGAUAAUGAUAAUUACAUAGUUGUUGGGACCCAAGCCGGUGAUGUAUACUUAUUGGACAAAAGAGAACCUAAAGAUUUUGUAUCAGUCCUCCACUGCUUCGAUGGUACCAUUAACAGAAUUUCCUUCAAAAAUUCGUCAGAGUUUGCUGUUUGUGGUGAUGUUAAUGAAGUUUUAAUUGUUAAUAGUAAUAAAAAUUCACUUGAAAUUCUUUAUCGCAAUACAGAACAUAUUGGACCAGUGAAAGACUUAAAGUGGCACGAAGACAUUUUAUAUUCAUGUGGCUUCGGCAAAUGUUUAAUUAAACAUACAAGACAACCAGUUGUUCCUAAUAUUUCGAAUAACAUUUAAUUAUAUUUUCUACAAGUUUUUAAAUAAAUAGCUAGAUUUUUUAUUUAACAACUUUCGACUUAUUUUUUGCACAGUUGAACUCGUUUUUUACUACAUCUAUUUAUAAGGCAGUAAGUUGUUUUUAAGUAUAAAAUUUAUAACUGUCAAUUGAAAAUAAAAUUUAUUUUUUAAAACAGAAGUUGAAGAGAUGUUAGCACUGGCUACAAGUCUAAGUCUCUUGUAGUCGGCAUUCCGUACCAAUGCAAGAAUUAUUAAGUGCGAAUGCCGACUAAAGUAAAUAUAAAGUUUCCUCUUUUUGUGUGAUAUUGAUGAAUUUUAAAAAGAAUUGUGUUAAGGAAUAAAUCAGUUCAUUCAGCAGUUUGUCUGUUGCUAAUAUCUGUCUCUCUUUGAAUAUAUUUGAUGACAAUUUUUUUUAUUGAUUUUUAUAACCAAUAUAAUUCAUUUUUUGUAUUGUCUUUAUCGUUUAUUUUAAAAUUCGUAAUUUGAUACAUAUUAACAUUCUUCUGUAUUAUUUUUCAUCAAAUAAUAAUAGUAAUACAAAAAUGGCAGCAAAAUAGUU